GAAACCGAAAUCAGUCCGCAACUUGCAUUUCGCAUCAACCGGCCCUUAACAAAGGCCACCUCAACCUCAACUCACCCUGCCCAGAACCACAAUUUCCUUGAACCGUUUCUCCCCCCGCAUCCGAAUACCUCAUACACCACAAAACGUACCAUCGAGAACUGCCGAUUGUAGCGAGAACAACUGACCGACCGACGGUCAACACGCAAAGAUGGAUUACGAUCCGAUGGUGAUGGACGACGCCGAGUCCCUGGGACCGGUCGUCAAGAUCUCACAAGCGGACAACACCCGAGUCAAGUUUGAGCUUUCCAACACCGAGCUCAGCUUCGCCAACUCCCUUCGUCGCGUCAUGCUUGCCGAGAUUCCCACGAUUGCCAUCGAUCUAGUCGAGAUUGAGGCUAACAGCUCCGUUCUGGCGGACGAAUUUAUUGCCCACCGCCUGGGCCUGAUCCCACUCAAUGCCGAAGGAAUCGAGCAGCUUCUGUAUUCUAGGGACUGCGACUGCGACGAAUACUGUGAGCAUUGCAGUGUGACCCUCAACCUUCACGCCAAGUGCACUGGCGACGACAUCAUGCAAGUCUGUGCCCGCGAUCUUGUUCCAGUCGGCGAUCGCGUCAACCAAGUUCUCGGCUCGCCUAUUAUCAAUGAUCCUGAAGGCCAAGGUCCCCUCAUCCUCAAGCUUCGUCACGGGCAGGAGAUCAAGCUCCAAUGCAUUGCGAAGAAGGGUAUUGCAAAGGAGCACUCCAAGUGGGCCCCAAGUGCCGCCAUCGGCUUUGAGUACGAUCCUCACAACAAGCUGCACCACCUCGACUUGUGGUACGAGCAGGAUCCCAAGAAGGAGUGGCCUCCUUCGGAGUACGCCGACUGGGAAGAGCCUCCCCAGGAGGGCGAACCGUUCGAUUACGAUGCAGUACCACAACGCUUCUACUACAACGUCGAAACCGCCGGUCCUAUUCCCCCUGAUGCUAUUGUCACUGAAGGCAUCAAGGUCAUCCAGCAGAAGCUGGCUGGCUUGAUUCACGAACUUACCGAAAGCGAUGGUGGUGAGAACGGAUACAACGGACCGCGCAGUCCAGGCUACAAUGAAGGUGGCGACAACUGGAACGACCAAGGAUCAUUCACGCCAUAUGGAAACGGAGGAAACCAGAGCUCUUGGGGAGGUCAGGGAGGUACCACGCCCUACGGAGCGACUCCCUACGGAGGCGGCCAAAAUCCUUGGUCUUGAGCAUCAUAUGCUUACAGUUUGCGAUUUGCGACGUCGAUUACUCCUCCUGAUGGCUUGCGAGGUCAUUGCGCCUGUCUUUUUCGGGAGGUUUUGGGUAUCUGCGGUAUCUUUGCGGCGCGGGUUUUAAGCUGCGCACUUCGAUUAACAACACCACACUUUCACUAUUCAAGCAAGAUGCCGAUUCG